GAGGGAAGGGGAAGGGGAGGCGGGCGGAUUACGCGCGGCGCGAGUGAAGGCGUGCGCAAGGAACAGCGACCAGCAUUCACCGCAUCCCUGCCAGUCAUGCAGCAAAAGGUUUGUUCUGGAGGUUCCCUUUCUUUCCACGAUGGCACCCGCUCGCCGUUCUUCCGCAGCCUGGACACCCGCGCCGCGUGCCCGCACGAGUACGACGGCUUCAGCAUCACCGGGAAGUUCCCGGCGUGUCCGCCGCACAAAGCCGGCCUCCCGGCGGCGCGCGGCGUGCGGCGCUCGCUCAGUGACGGCAGGGACGCCGCCCACUUCCUGAUCUCCAGGAGGAGGACACGCAGCGUGGGCACGCGCCAGGACGGAGACCAGGACGAGGAGCGUGGCGAGACGGACGAGGAGGACGGGACCUCGGACAAGCCGCCGGAUCACCACAGUGGUUUCCAUCUGGGCCCGGCGCCGCUGCUCGGGCAUCACUGUUGUUCCGACCCGGAUGGCGCCUGGUCCUUGUCAGCGGCGGGGCACGGAGGCUUGGGCGGCAUUGGCGGCGACGUUGGCAGCGGCGAUGGCUGCAGCGUCCUGCAGCAGCGGCUGGCUCGCGUCAGGACGGAGCUAGCGCAGGCCGACACGCGGCUGCUGUGCGAGCGUGCCCACUCGCAGCAUUUGUCCCGCGAGAGGCAAGAAGUGGCAGAGAAGGAGCGGUCGCUGAGCCGGCAGGUGGACGUGGCCGUCAUGGUGAUCGCCGCCCUCAAGGAGCAGAUCAACGCCUCGGAAAGCGAGCUGGAGCGACGUGAAAGGCAGGUGCUGAGCAUCCAGAAGUUUUUGGAAAUGGCCGCGCGCCAGGAGACCAGCGGCAAGGUCCGAAUCCAGUUGUUCAUCGAGAACCUGCUGAGACGCAUCGCGCUGGCCGAGACCCUCCUGGAGGACUACCAGGGACGGCAGACGCCGGCGACCGACCGCGACAAACCUCUCAGGAUCACCAAGAGCAGGUCAGCAGGGUGUCAGCUCUCGUGCGGUCUCCACGGCAACGCGCCGUCAGGCGAACAGCGCGAGCGUCUGGCGCGCUCGUCGCGCCUUUUCUGCCGACCCGAACACCGUGUCGACAUCUGGAACCAGCGGCGGCGCUCGACUGGAUACGAGGCCUAACGCCGCCAGGAAGGGGCGCGCUUGCGUCAUCACCGCGCGACCUCACUUCUUCAUUUGAGUUGAGAACACCUACACACACACAGCUGGUCGCUUGUCACUUACUGUACUACGACAAUGCGUUAUUUGACAGACACUGACAUCUAACCAUUUAGAGUUUAUUUUAUUGAAUUGGUCAAUUCAAUGAUAAAAAGACAUGACACAAUUCGAAAUAACUAUAAUUGUAUUAGUUGUAUGCAUAGAUCGAUAAAAAUGUGCAAAAUCUCAUGAGAAAAUAGUACAUCAUGAGGGAGGAUCUGCUCUGUCUCAACCCUUCGUGAAUCUCGGCAGGCACAGGCGGCGGCCAGCGUUGUGGGUGUUGUGUCCACGAUGAGAGCCGGAGUCCGCGCUUGGAAAUGACCCCACUGAGCCACGAGGACCAAAGCGGCAGUAGGAGGACAUUUCCAUGACAGCAUUGUCCGUGCAUGUGUCGCGAGUGGACAACAUGGCAGACACGGUGCUGUCUGCCGCACUUCCUGCUCUAUCUACUUGUGUAUUGCCCAAAUGUAUUUUGUGCUGUCAUAAUGCCACCCGGCGCGUCAUCUUUCACAUCAAAAGUGAAAUCUCACUCGCAAGAUUUAUUUCAUGGGAUUGGCUGGAAAUGACGAGGAUGAAUCGAUACAUUCCAUUCAGUGAAGCAGCGCGCACGCGUGUGUAUCAUUGUGCAGUCUAGUAAGUACAAUGUUUAUACAAGUUAUCUUGUGACGUGUUUAAUGACGUGGCACGCAACUAUACGUUUUAAAAAUCGGUUUUAGUUAUUAAAUGGGCAUGAAAAAUGUUAUGAAAUUACUCAGACAAGAUAUUCUUUUUACUGCUACAAUGCAGACGCAAAGUAUCCAAUUAAUCAACGAAUCUAUGAAAUUAAUUGACCGCUAUUUUUAUCACCGAUUCAUCAUUCAGAGACCUUUUUUCACUUUGAUUUCUGUAGUUGUCCAUGAAAGCGGAUUGAUUGUGUUUGUGUACAAAAAAAAAAACCUUUUGCAAACAUCUGCUUUUACUUUGGAAAACAAUAAUCGACAUU